AUGGCUAUCGAUAACUCAGUUAAGCAAUUAUACUCUACUAUUGAAUUCUCGAGUGAUGUUUUGGUUUCCUCUUAUUUACUAAAAAAGUCAUCGUCCCAUGUAGCGUCGGUGGUGCCCGCUAAGCAUUCAUACCAUGCUGAUCCGCAAUCGAGCGCCGCAGCUACUCCCACAGAACCCAGUGGAUCCCAUCACUGGUUUCUGAAGGGAGGAAACUCUCAAAAAUACUGGUGCGUUUUAAGGCGAGGCCAGUUGAGCUAUUACAAAGACAAAAGCGAAAGGAAGGCUGUGAAUGUGAUCCCUCCUGAUGGUAUACUCAACUUCAGGGUUUUGCCUGAAGAGCUACGAUUAGACAUAUAUACCACAGAUCGGACAUUACAGUUCAAAGCGGACAAUGAAGAUGUGUUAUUGAGGUGGAAGAAUGGUCUUCAAGAAUUUCUCAAUAAAAAGAAACCUUCGCCUAAGACCACAAGCAAAGACCCUGCAAAGGCAGCGGUUCAAGAUAAUGAAAUUGAAAAUGAAGAUGAAAUGGUUGAUGAUGAUAAUGAUGAAGACUACGAAAUAAUAUCGGAGGUUGACCUCAAACAAAAGAGAAACUCGACAGAUUCUGCAAGAGUGAUCCACAAGAUUCCAGAGGAGGACAAAGAGUUUUAUGCAAUGUAUAAUCCAACUGCUCCAAUGCAUGUAAUCCAGAGCGGUAUUUUAUAUGGAAGAGUGAAAAAGAGACUUGGUAGGAAAUCUUGGAAGAAGUUCAAGGUGACGCUUAAUAACGAGGCAUUGCUCAUCAAAUCGGCUUCUUCCGGAAGAUCUAUUAAAACGAUAACUCUCGAUAGAGUUGUUGAUUGUGUGGAGGUUGAGGGCGAUAACUGUUAUACUUGUUUUGCAGUAAUAACUUUUGAAGAGAGACUGAAAUUUCGUGCCCUAAACGAGAAGGAAACGGUUGAUUGGAUCAUCAACUUGAAAAGUUGUGUAUUGGCAAGAAAAAAGCUCAUGGUAGGCCAUCAAGUGAAGUGA